AUGAAAAAAUGGAUUAUAACCAUAAAUUUACUGUAUUAUAUUACAUUCAUAAAUCAAUGGAAUUUUGUAGAAUCUCAGCCAUCAAAAUCAAAUCCUACAACACCUAAUAGUUCUGGGUCAUCUUCUACGGCUACAAGUCCUACUCCGGUAACUGCUGUAACAACUGAUACAAUAACUCCCGUAACUCUUGACAUCAGUAAGUCUAAGGAUACAGAUCAGUUCAAUUUCAAGAAGGAUGGUAAUUUUAGAACAUUCACUCCUAAAGAUAACCAUGUAUUCAACAAGGUUGUAAAGAAAUCCAAUGAUAUAUGGACUGCCAAACCAGAUGAUCACGGACUUAAGGCAGUACUCAUGGGUUCUGGUAGGAAUCAGAAACAUCUAGCCUUACUGCUACAAAGCGGUAACUUCGUACUACUCCAUAAGUGUGGUAAGAAUAAGCCAUGGAAGGACAUCACUCAGGAAAGGAGUGAUUUCUCAGAUAUCAAGAUGUACUCCCUCGAUGAAGGCACAUCCAACUAUCGUGAACUCACUAAUACUGAUUAUGAUCCAAUAAUAUUCGAGUCAAGAUAUGGCUAUGAGUUUAAAGAUGGUGUCAAGUGUGUUAAGAUCACAUACAAUGAUAAGUUACUGUGGUCACACACUGAUGAUCCUGAGUUCGGAUACCUCAAGUGUCUAUAUCUGGAUCUUCCUAAAGACCAGUUCAUUGUCACAAAUCUUAAAGAUCAGACAAAGCAGGUAGAUAUAAAGGUCACCCUUGACAUAAACGCUACUCAGACCACAAAUCAGUAUGAGUAUAGUGAAAUUAAUGGAGUCAUUUUUUACGGUGCUAAAACUGGACACGUAUUUAGUAAAGUAAUGAAAGGUACCACUGACAUUUGGGAGUCCAGUGAUGAUUUCUAUAGUGCAUUAGUAGUAUCUAAGACUAAGGAAGGUGUUAAAUACCUUGUUGUCCUAUUGACUAAUAAGUUGUUCACACUAUUCAAACAAGAGUCUGAUGGUACUUGGAAGGAUAUAACUUCUGAUAGACAUGAUAUUACCAAACUUAAAUUCCUUGGAGAGAACGAUACUGAGCUCAAGUCCUCGGACUACAUAGUAACCAUAGUCGAUUACUCGUAUAAAUUCACGUUUAAUACUGGAGUGAAGUGUAAGAAGAUCAUGUAUGGUGAAGGUGAUGUUUGGAAACCUAGUGAUGAUCCUAAGUUUUCUGAAAUCAGGUCACUUCAACUUGGUCUUAUUUCUAAUAAUUUCUAUGUCCUUAAUGAAUCUGACUCAAACCAAGUAGACAUAAAGGUCUCUUUUGAUGUCAAUGCUACUCAAUCUACUAAUGAGUUUGAAUACACUGAUCAGAAUGGAGUCGUUACUUACAGUGUUAAGACUGGUCACCUGUUCAGUAAGGUAUCUCAAGGCACCACUGUUCUCUGGGAAUCCACAGAUUAUGUAUGUGGUACCUUGGUAAUGUCUAAGACUAAGGAUGAUGGUAAAUAUUUAGUCAUACUCCUCACAAAUGAUAUGUUCACAUUAUUCAAUCUGGAUGGUAAUGAUUGGAAAGAUAUCACAUCUUCCAGACAUGAUGUCAAGAAGCUUAAGUUCUUUGGUGAUAACGAUGCUGAGAUCAAGUCGUCUGAUUACUCAGUUAGUAUUGUUGAUCUAUCAUUUACUUACCUAUUCAAUUCGGGAGUCAGCUGUAAGAAGGUGAAGUUAGGAGAUGACGAGAUUUGGAAACAUACAGAUGAUUCUAAUUUUGCAGAAAUAAAGUCAUUUUCACUAGGUCUUGCCUCAAACAAUUUCAGUGUCAUGAACUCAUCUGAUCAGACUAAGGAACUGAAUUUUAAACCUACUAGUACUCCUGAAUCACAACCAACAACUCCUUCAAGUGGAACAACUCCAUCAAGUGGAACAGGUACUCCUUCCUCACAAAGUGAAACUACUCCUCCAAGUACUCCUCCAACUACAAGUCCUACUCCGGUAACUGCUGUAACAACUGAUACAAUAACUCCCGUAACUCUUGACAUCAGUAAGUCUAAGGAUACAGAUCAGUUCAAUUUCAAGAAGAAUGGAAAUAUUAGAACAUAUACUCCUAAGCCCAAUUUGACAUUCAACAAGAUUGUGAAAAAAGACCUGGAGAUAUGGACUGCCAAACCAAAAGAUCACGGACUCAAGGCAGUACUGAUGGGUUCAGGUAAGAAACCCAAACAUCUUGCCAUUCUGCUACAAAGUGACAACUUUGUACUACUCCAUAAGUCUGGUAAAGGACAGCCAUGGAAGGAUAUAACUUCUGAUGUGCAUGAUGUCUCUAAACUUAUGUUCUUUGGUGAAGGUGAAACUGAUAUCACUGCAUCAGAUUUUGAGGUUGAUUUAGUAGAUCUAUCAUAUGCCUACACGUUUAAAGAAGGAAUCAACUGUCGUAAGGUGAAGUUAGGUGCUGAUGAUGUUUGGAAACAUACCGACGAUACUAUGUUUUCAGAUAUAAAGUCAUUUUCACUUGGACUUGCCUCUAAUAGUUUCUUUGUUAAGAACCAGUCUGAUGAUGUAAAGGAAAUAGAAUCCACUAAACCUCAAUCUGAAGAACCCACCACCACCGAUGAAUCUACUCCUACUGAAGACUCUGAAGACUCUACUCAAACCGAAACUGAAGAGUCCAAAGAAGAAUCUACCCCUACAAUACCUGAACAAACGACUGAAGACUCCGCUCAAACAGAAACUGAAGAAACUGAAGACUCUACUCCAGUUACUACUCCUACUGAAGACUCCACUAAAUCUGAAGACUCCACUAAACCUCAAGACUCCACUGAACCUGAAGACUCCACUAAACCUGAAACUGAAGAAUCUACUCCUACUGAAAAAUAUCAAGAUAAAUCGGUUACUAAACCAGACAUUACUCUUGACUCUAUUGACACAAACACUAGUCAUACCACAACUGAGUUUGACUACUCUAAGAGUUCUGAUUUUCAUAAAUACAAUCCUAAGCCUGGGUAUGUGUUCAAGAAGGUAUCUAAGAGUAACACUGAUAUCUGGGAAUCUAAGGAUGAUGUCUAUGGUACCCAAUUGAUGUAUAUUGAGGGUGUUAAAUACCUGGUUCUCCUACUCACUGAUAAUACUUUCAAACUGUUCGAACUAGUUGGAAAUGAGUGGAAGGAUGUAACUUCUAAGAGGUAUGAUGUUACUAAACUCAAGUUCCUCAAUGACAAUGAUACUCCUCUCACUAAGACAGACUAUACAGUUACAAUAGUAGACUUCUUUUAUAGAUUAAAGUUCAAAGACGGAAUCAAAUGUAAGAAGGUCUUGUUUGGAAAUGCUGAGGUUUGGAAACAUAGUGACGAUCCCAAGUUUUCAUCGUUGAAGUCAUUUUCACUCGGUUUUGUAUCAAACAAGUUCUUCGUGAAGAACCAGUCAGGACAUUUUAAGAAACUAAAUUUUAAACCUCAUCCGGGAUCUGAGUCCACUCCUGCAUCUGAUCUAGCCACAACCAACCUCUCCUUCAACGGAAACACUCAGAGUGUUGCUCAAAGUUAG